UGCAGGCUGAUCACGAGGCUGGGUAAAAAGUGGUCUUUCCUUCUUUCUCGAAGUUGGAGGUGGCCAGACGUAAUAACGCAAGAUUACAGUCAUGCAUUCAUUGAGAAGAAUUGUGCCUAAUGGGCAAAUAAUCUCAAAAGCAUUUUCAACAGCUAAUGCGAGUAACAAUAAAGUUGCUGUCCUUGGUGCUGCUGGAGGCAUUGGACAGCCACUUGCUCUUCUGCUAAAACAUUCACCACUCAUCAAUCACUUAGCUUUAUAUGAUAUUGUUAACACACCAGGUGUUGCAGCAGAUUUGAGCCAUAUCGAAACAGGUAGUAAAGUAUCUGCCCAUCAAGGACAAGAACAAUUAGAAGAUGCUGUAAGAGACUGUAAUCUUGUUUUGAUCCCAGCUGGAAUGCCAAGAAAACCGGGAAUGACAAGAGAUGACUUGUUCAAUACAAAUGCUUCAAUUGUGAAAAAUCUUGUUGAGGCAUGUGCCAAGGCUGCACCAAAAGCAAUUCUGGGAAUUAUCACAAAUCCUGUUAACUCUACUGUUCCCAUUGCAUCUGAAGUGUACAAAAAGCAUGGAGUGUAUGACCCUGCAAGAAUAUUUGGAGUUACAACUUUGGAUGUUGUUCGUUCUAACACUUUUAUUUCAGAGUUGAAGAAUCUAGAUGUCAGUAAAACAAACAUCCCAGUUGUUGGAGGACACUCUGGCAUCACUAUAUUGCCCUUGUUGUCACAGGUUACACCCAAAGUUCAGUUCUCAAAUGAAGAACUUGAAGCAUUGACAGAGAGAAUCCAGAACGCUGGUACCGAAGUUGUAAAUGCAAAAGCUGGAGCUGGAUCUGCAACUUUAUCAAUGGCUUUUGCUGGAGCGCGAUUUGCUUUUUCAGUCUUAGAUGCUUUGGCUGGCAAAAAGGGUGUUGUUGAGUGUGCUUACGUGAAGUCUGACGUCACUGCUGCUACUUAUUUUGCAACACCACUGCUUCUUGGGCCUAAUGGAUUGGAUAAGAACUUGGGCAUGGGUGACCUGUCAGAAUUUGAAAAGAAAAAACUGGAAGAGGCUCUUCCUGAGUUGCAGAAGAACAUCGCCAAAGGAGAAGAAUUUGUAAAAAACAAUCCAUGAACUCGACCUUUUGGUUAACUGUUUUAUUGUAAGUUAGCGCUGCGUACAUAGAGUGAUUUUUUCUCUAACAACUGACUGACCUGGCUGCCUGUACAUGAAAUUAAUUCAUAUUUCUUGCUUUUGCUUAUUUUGAAACAAUGCUUCGCUGGUUCAAA